AUGGAUCGCCAUUCCUAUGUCAUGGCCCAGCACAAGUGCAGCUCUGUCCCAUGUCCAAAUGAUCCAGAAACAAAAAACCUCACGAGUAUCUCAGAAUUCUUCCUCAUGGGCCUCUCAGAUGAUCCCGAGCUCCAACCCCUCCUCUUUGGGCUGUUCCUCUCCAUGUACCUGGUCACCGUGUUUGGGAACCUGCUCAUCAUCCUGGCCGUCAGCUCUGACCCCCGUCUCCACACCCCCAUGUAUUUCUUCCUCUCCAACCUGUCCUUGGCCGACAUCGGUUUCACCUCCACCACUGUUCCCAAGAUGAUUGUGGAUACCCACACUCACCUCAGAGCCAUCUCUUAUGCAGCCUGCCUGACUCAGAUGUCUUUUUUUAUUCUCUUUGGGUGUCUGGACAGUCUCCUCCUGGCCGUGAUGGCCUAUGACCGCUUCCUGGCCAUCUGUCACCCCCUGCACUACACGGUCAUCAUGAACCCUAAGCUCUGUGGCACGCUGGUCGUGAUGUCUCUUUUCAUCAGUCUGGUAGUCUCCCAGAUGCACAACUCCAUCGUAGUGCAACUUACUUACUUCAAGGACGUGGAGAUUUCCCAUUUCUUCUGCGACCCUUCUCAGCUCCUUAACCUCGCCUGCUCUGACCCGGUCACGAAUAACAUAGUCAUGUAUUUCAUUGGCGUUAUCUCUGGUUUCAUUCCCAUCUCAGGGAUUCUUUUCUCUUAUUAUAAAAUCGUGUCUUCUGUCCUCAGGGUCCCAUCAGGAGGUGGGAGGUCCAAAGCUUUCUCUACCUGUGGCUCACACCUUUCCGUGGUUUGCUUAUUUUAUGGAACAGGUCUUGGGGUGUACCUCAGUUCAGCUGUCUCAGUCUCUCCCAGGAAUGAUGCCAUGGCCUCCGUGGUGUACACGGUGGUCACUCCCAUGCUAAACCCUUUCAUCUACAGCCUGAGAAACAGGGACAUCAAGAGGGCCAUGCAGAGACUCUUCAGCAAAAGAAUCUAG